AUGGCUUCGUGGCUUCGCCCCGAAAAAAAAGACGACCAAAAACAUCUUCCUUCUCCGCAACUGAAAUCAAGAAUACCAGUCAGAAUGAAUCGCUUAUGCAGCGACGAUGUCAGAAGUUCCUCGUCAAAGGACAAAGCAGAUAAAACAGCGCGUCUGCAAAAAGAUUUAGGGAGCAAAGUUCAAAGCAAGUGGUCAUCACGGAUUCCGAUUGCGGUGAAUGGGAAGAAGACCAAAGUUGAUUCUAAAGAUAAUCUACCCAUGAAUUUCAAAACUAUUCAAGGAGGAAAGCCUCUUGAAAAAAAUUCAGGUAUGUUUAUUUCUCAGCAGUUAGCCAGCAUCAGUUUUUUGACUGAAGUAAUAUAUCGAAAAUUGAAGACAUUCUAUAAAACCGUUUCAGGCGAACGGCUGGAAUCACCAUAUUGCCUGUAUCAUAACAUACGCCGUAGGUAAAAGAAGCAGCAACUGAGAUAAAUUGACGGAAACCAAGUUGUACAGGGUUGAAAAGACACUAAUUGAAUGUUCCUCGAUUUAAAAAAGUCGAUGAGUAAGACUUGUUUUUAACUUUAAAUUCCUAUUUAAUGUAGAAAAAGAUUACUUCCAUUAAUUGAUUCUCGUUUGUCAUCACAUUUCUAUUCAUUUAUUUGUUUAUUAACUCUUUGUUCAGUUUUCCAUUUCAUUUAUUUAUCUAUUUUAUUUAUUAAAAUAUUUGAACUUCACCUGAGUAAAGAUUUUCCUCAAGUUUCUAAGAUUUUGAUCCAGAAUUAAACAAGCCUCUUUCGGUGGCUAAUUUCAUCAGCCAUCUUGUUUAUUUCAAGCCACUUAGUCGAUGCUUGUUUGCUCAAACUGGAGGCAAAUUUCUGCAGUUACAGCUUCAUGACAUUUGCUAAAGAAAUGAAAAGCUUGCACCUAAUUUUUCUUGGGGGUAGCUAAUUGGUAAUCUCGAUUUGAUCACAGGUAUUAAACUGCGAAAAACUCAAGGUACACAAGAAAGUGCCAUUCCUUCAACCACAGCUAAACAAAGCAGUUACAGGCGCGCUCCGAAAACCACGCCAAUUGUCAGGCGACGUGUACCACGAGAGUUUACACCAACAGAGACAGAGUCGAAACAGGUAAAUCUGGGAGGAAAAUGUCAUUUCAGCAAAUACCAGAGGCGAAGUAUUUCACAGCGACAACUGUCUCUUUUGGAGGGUCUGGAACUUAAUAUCGUGAUUAGCCUUUGUUUCACAUCUUCACGAAUUAGGAAUGUUAGGUUUAUGAAGGAUAUCCACAAAUAUAAAAGCUGCAACAAAAACAACACAUUUUGCGCUUUUAUAAUCAGGUAUGCAAGGAUGAGAAAGAAUCAGGAGAAGAAAGCUCAGCGAGAGAGAAAUCAUCAGCAGCAAGGGCGGAAGAGGUCACUCCAAAUGUCACCACGGCUAAACAGAGCAGCUAUAGGCGCGCUCAGAAAACGACGCCAAUUGUCAGGAGACGUGUACCGCGACAGCUUACACCAACAGAGACAGAGUCGAAACAGGUAAAUCUGGGAGGAAAAUGUCAUUUCAGCAAAUACAAGAGGUGAAGUAUUCACAGUGACAACUGGCUCUCUCGGAGGGUCUGGAACUUAAUAUCGUGACUAGCCUUUGUUUCACAUCUUCGCGAAUUAGGAAUGUUAGGUUUAUAAGAGACAUCCACAAAUAUAACAGCUGCAACAAAAACAACGCAUUUUGUGCUUAAAUAAUCAGGUUUGCAAGGGUGCGAAAGAAUCACGAGAAGAAAGCUCAGGGAGAGAGAAAUCAUCUGCAGAAUGGGCGGAAGAGGUCACGCCAGAGGUCACCAAAGCUAAACAGAGCAGUUAUAGGCGCGCUCAGAAAACCACGCCAAUUGUCAGGCGACGUGUACCACGGCAGCUUACACCAACAGAGACAGAGACAGAGUCGAAACAGGUAAAUCUAGGAGGAAAAUGUCACUUCAGCAAAUACCAGAGGUGAAGUAUUUCACGGUGACAACUGUCUCUUUUGGAGGAUCUGGAACUUAAUAUCGUGACUAGCCUUCGUUUCACAUCUUCGCGAAUUAGGAAUGUUAGGUUUAUGAGAGACAUCCACAAAUAUAAAAGCUGCAACUAAAACAACGCAUUUUUUGCUUAAAUAAUCAGGUUUGCAAGGAUGCGAAAGAAUCACGAGAAGAAAGCUCAGCAAGAGAGAAAUCAUCUGCAGCAAGGGCGGAAGAGGUCACACCAGAGGUCACCACAGCUAAACAAAGUAGUUAUAGGCGCUCUCAGAAAACGACGCCAAUUGUCAGGCGACGUGUACCACGGCAGCUUACACCAACAGAGACAGAGUCGAAACAGGUAAAUCUGGGAUGAAAAUUUUAUUACAGCAAAUGCCAGAGGUGAAGCAUUUCACAGUGACAACUGUGUCUUUUCGAGAGUCUGGAACUUAAUAUCGUGAUAAGCCAUUGUUUCCCAUCUACGUGAAUUAGGAAUGUUAGGUUUAUGAGGGAUAUCCAGAAAUAUAACAACUGCAACAACAACAACGCAUUUUGUGCUUUAAUAAUCAGGUUUGCAAGGAUGAGAAAGAAUCACGAGAAAAAAGCUCAGCACAAAAUAUCAGACUGGAAACAGAGUUUGGUACAAAGAACAAGAUGGAAGAAAAUUUUUUGAGCGAGGAAGAGUUGGACUGUAGCUCUUUCACUGAGUGCAGCGCAUACCAACGGAAAAUGGCUGAGCUGAACGAAAAAUCCAGACGGCUCAAGGCACAGUUUGCAGAGGAAAACAGACAGGCUGUCGAAUCUAUGAACAAGACAAUGGAGAAGAUCAAACAGAGCCAGGCAAGGGAAGAUUGCAUCACAAAUGAGAUUGAGGAGAUGCGACGGAGACGGGAUGAAAUAAAAGAAGACUUGAAACGACUUGAUGAGAUCGGCCAAAGACGAGAGCUCGAGGAUAAAAAAUGGAGAGAAAAAAUGGACAAGAAAAAGAAGAGAGUCGCAAAUAGAUUGGAGAAGAUGAGAGCCGAACGACGUAAAUAUCAAGAAGGGACAGCUGAUGAAAAUGACUCAACAGAAGGGUAUGAUCAACCGGAUAAGAAUCCCAGUGAAACUCCAGAGAGUGAGAAAAGCAAAAAUGUCCCUAUAGGAAACGAAACCGUUAUAAACGAAGACGUUGGUAACGAAGUGUUACGUGAGCCUCACCAGAUCAUAGAGUACAAAAGUGUAAAACAGCUGGAAAAUAAGCGGAAAGAACUAAAGCAGUUGAAGAGACUGGAAAAGAAUGCGAUUAAAAGAGAGAAGUUAGAACAAAGACAGCGCAAGAAGAUCGAAAAACACAAACUUGAGAAACUCUCAGCUAAGAGUUUAAAGGUUUCGGAAGAAACUGCAGGAGUUGCUGAGUGUAUAAACCAGGCCAUGGAGACUACGAAUACAACGGCGAAAGAGAAAAAUGAUGAGACCCCGAAAGUAAAUAGAAUUAAACCAUACGUCGACACCUCUUCAGAUAUUGCAGAGUCCAGGCAAGUCCAAGCACUCUACUAUUCUGGAUUAAUUACGAAUGGUACAAAGAACAAGAUGGAAGAAAAUGUUUUCAGCGAGGAAAAGUUGGACUGUAGCUCUUUCACUGAGUCCAGCGGAUACGAACGGAAAAUGGCUGAGCUGGACGAAAAAUCCAGACGGCUCAAGGCACAGUUUGCGGAGGAAAACAGACAGGCUAUCGAAUCUACGAACAAGACAAUGCAAGAGAUCAAGCAGAGCCAGACAAGGGAAGAUUGCAUCACAAAUGAGAUUGAGGAGAUACAAAGGAGACAGGAUGAAAUAAAAGAAAACUUGAAACACCUUGAUGAGAAAUUAGGAGAGACGUUGGCUGAGGUUGAUAGGCUUAUAUUGGGAGAUACAAACUUUAUGGUCGACGAAACAGCGGACAGCCAACAAACUAACCCAAAAUAUAGCAAGGAGGAGGUGCCUCGACAGGAUAACUUUGACUGUUUCCCUGAUGAAGUUGAGGGAGACAUGCACACAGAGGAAAGCAGGUCUCAAGUUUCACAGAGUGCUGAGAACGAGGACAACGAGAAAAAUGUCCAUGAAUGCGACGCCUUACCGAGAUAUGAGCAAUCGGUAGCAGCAGUCGUCAACAUAACUGAAUAUUUAAUCCAACAAGAGUUGUCCAAGGCUUUGGAAACAAUUAUCCCUAUCAGUAAAAAAGAGUAUACAUCGCGAUCGGAAGAAAAGAUCUCGGAGGAAGAACCAAAGCUCCACAAAGAAAUUGUGGAAAUGGAAUUUGGGAGACUUACAAGGGAAAAUACCGAGCUUGAGAUGCAGAUUUGCAUCAUAAACGAGGAACUUGAAACGUACCGAAAGAGGAUAGAAACUUUACAGGCUGAUCUGAAUGAGAGCAAAGUUGAGGUAAAGCGACUGCAGUCUAAGGAAGAAUACAAAGAAAGAGAGCUGGCAAAUUUAAAAAGUGAGUUCCAGAGAAAGGAGCAAAAAUGGGAAGAUGCAAAUCAACUCUUGGAAAAGGUUAUGGUGGAAAGAGAAGAGUUAUGGGAUGAUGUUGAUUACUUGGAGGAAAGCUUGAAAGACAGUCAAGAAAGCAAUGAAACUCUGACAUUUGAGGUCGAUGAGCUGACGAUAAUGAUACAGGAGAUGAAGAGAGAGUACAGAGUGGAGCACAGUCGCUGGGGAUGUGGACACCUACGUGAGGAAGUAGAGUUACUAAAUGGAUCUCUGGAGUUGAAUGAACAGCGAACAGUUUUAUUAGAGGGCCAAGUGGACGCGUUUGAGGCAGAAAGAAAACAGUUAUGGGGUCAUGUUGAUUUCUUGGAGGGAAGCUUAAGAAACAGUCAAGAAAGCAAUGAAGAUCUGACGUUUGAGGUUGAUGAGCUAAAGAUAAUGAUGCAGGAAUUGAAAAGGGAGAAUACGCAGCUUAGUCGCCAUGGAUGCAGACAUCUACGCGAAGAAGUAGAAUUACUUAAUGGAUCCCUGGAAUUGAAAGAACAGAGAGUAACUCUGUUGGAGAGCCAAGUGGACGAGUUUAAAGAAAAGAGCUGUAGCUUUCAAAAUGCUGCACAGAGCAUGAAAAGAGAAGUAGAGAUUCUUAGGAACGAAAAUGCCACGAAGACAACGCAGUUGCAUGAGCUAAAAUGCCAAACAUCAAAGACUAUUAGUGAUCUUAAAGAUGACAUUGCAAAAUUACAACAAGAAAAGUCUGCAUUGUCAUCGGUACUUUCAGAGGAAUCAGAAAGAGAUCACCAUUUGUAUGAGUUAAGAUGUGAAAAAUCGAGUAUGAAAGGAACACUUGAAGAUCAUAUAACAAGGUUGAGGAGAGAGAACUGCACUUUGACUGCACGACUAUCAAAGGCUUACGAAAAGGAUGACCAGUUGACUGAACUAGGAGAAAAAGUCCAACUUUUAGAGAAUCAGUUGAAAAAUGUAACUGAGGCGACAACGGCGUCUAUGAACAGCAAAGAGAAGGAAAUGGAGGAAGAUUACCGCAUCAUAAAGAAGCAAGAUGAAACGAUCAAAAAUUUAAUCGAAGAGAUCACGCAGGAAAGAUGUGACAAGGACCGCCUCGAACAGCAGUCUAAAAGAAUAAGAGAACUUGAGACUCAAUUACAAAACAUGGAAGACAUGAAAAGAAACACAAAUCACUCAGUGGAUACCUUGGUGCUUGAGGUGAAACAGGAAAGGUCAGAAAAAGAGCGUCUGAAGAAAAGGGCCAUGCAAGCAAAAAAGGUUGGUUCUUGUAGAGAGAAAGAGCUUGAAGAGAGAAUUGAACUUCUUGAGAAUCAGUUACGCGCAGAAGAUGAACUUACAAACGCCACUCUUAUGUCUCUAAAAAACAAGGAAAGUUCGUUACAGGAAGCUACUGCCACUAUCGAUAUGCUCACAGAGGAACUGGAACGGGAGAAGUCGGAAAAAGAAACUCUGAGAAAGGCUGUCGAAGUGUCUGAGUGUAACUCUCAUAACGACAAAAGAUUGACUGAGAACAUUGAAACACUUGAGAAGCGAUUACUAGAGAUGAGUGAUCUACGAGAAAAGACUCUUAUAUCUCUUAAAGAGAAAGAAUGGUCAUUGCAGGAGGCUCAUGUUGAGAUCAAUGAGUUAACUCAACAAAUGGCAAACAAAAAGUCGCACAAAAAGUUUUUCAAGAGGAAGGCUAAGGCUAAAACGGGUAAAGCUCAUCGAUUGAAUCUCAUUCAAAAAGGAACAAAAAGAUAUACACAGGAGAGGGGUUCGUUUAUAGCAGGCGUGGGAAAACGGCUGAAGAACCUGGUACAAAGACGAAGAGGAGUGUCCGCAUCGAGCCUGGUAAUGAAAAAGAAGGAAGCCCACGCAGAGCGUAUGUUAGUCAAAUUGAGGGAAGAUUUGAAUGAAAGAGGAGAAGUCAUUCAAGACUUAAGGAGUAAUUUCAAAGACAGUGCUAAGGAAUUGUCGUCCAUGCGACGUCAGCUUGAAGAUAUUCAAUGCCAAAAUGCCGAGCUCAUACAGUGUCUUCGACACAAGGAGGAGGAUCUUCAAAAGACGCAAAGAUACUUAAAAGAAAACGAAGCCAGCCUUGAUGUCACAAAUGAAACCCUGCGUUUGAAAUGCUCGCUUCUCAGAGCCAUGGAGGCCAAAUUAUGUCUGACGAAGAAAGAGAUUGAAGGACUGACACAAGUGAACAAAGAGAAAGGCUUAGAGAUAACUCGCAUUGAGACAAUCCUUACAGAAGUGAGAAAAAAGUUGGUUAUUGCUGCAUCCUUCAUCGAGAAGCAAAAUGAACAAUGUGCUAACCUUAGGACUUGUGCUAUGAAGAAGACCCGAGAUGCGGAUAAGAUACAAGGCGAAUUGAAACGCUUCUCAACUCAACUUGAAAAUAGCAGGAACGAGAACGCAAACCUACACAGAGCAUUGUUAGCUGCCACAGAGCGUCUUACAAGGGAGAAGCAAAGGCAGUUCAGCGGGACUGAGUUACUGAAAGAUGGGCACGAAAGGAAGUCCUCUGAGUCAUCAUGUGAGGUGAGAUAUUUCCCUCCCUAAGCGCGAGACGCAAGAGCGAUGAGAGCGAUCUUGAAGCAGGAGACGAUGUACACGAAGACUACACCCUAAAAUCCCAUUGUCAGCUUUCACUUUCUGCUCUUUUUGGAAUUAAUUGAUGUGCUGUAAUUUUGACUUGCAUAUUUUCUAGCGAGUAAUUCAUUUUUUUCGUAUCUUCUACAGGAAAGCUCUUCUAACACCCUGAAAGCCAGGAGACAAAUGGAUGCGUACAAAAUAACAUUUUUGGAAGACGAGAGUAAUGUGGCAGGCAGUAGUCAGGGAGACACUGAAAAUAAAUGGUCAGUAAUAUAUAUUUUUUGUUACUAAGAUAUGUAACAAUCAUACCAUUAGUGCAUUUUGGAUAUGAGAUGGUAAAUAGCCAAAGAAAUGCGUAGCGCCGAGCGGAGUAUCACCAGUCUCUAUCCAACAAGCGUCUGAUGAGAUAAUUAUUAAUUAUUCAACUACCUUAAAUCCCAAACGUUUGGAUAUUUGGAGCUUUUUUCAGCUCCGUGCAAUGUAUUUCCAUGUGAAGUGACUACGAAUAUGGGCCGAUAAUCGGAGUUGAAUAAAUCAAAAUAAAUAAAGCUGCAACCGUCGCCACAACUGUUGCAGAAUGAAUCUUUUUCGCCGCGUUUAAAAGGCUUAGUAUUGAAAGAGGUUAGUGAUAAAUCAAAACUAGACGAAGAUUUUUUUGCCAGUGAAUAGAAACCCUUUAAGCCCAAAAUUUUACACAAGGUUAUUCCUGGGAAUAAAAAAGUUUCAAAAAGAGCCAGGAUACAUUGAUUGGGACUUACGCAAUAUUAAAGGUCACAUUUUCACCAGUCAUAGCGUAUCGUCUUCAAUGGUAUUUUUAUAUUUUCUUCAAACUUCUCCCUGUCAUCUUUCAACGGGUAAUUUAGAAAUUACUUUUUAAUUGCAGGUUCAGUACUUUUAGAUUGGACCAACAUCAGUUUGAAACACGGGGAGAUCGACAUUUUAACUGCGCUGGUACUAUCGCCAAGGUUGACCAUACUAUGCAGAACCUCUCAACACACGGAUCACCUAAUUCAGUUUCGAUACUGCUGUGCAAUGGUUAAUGUUUUACGGGAGAAGUACCAAUGCAACGAAUUGGCAAACCGGAGCCAAGUGAUGACAUAAGACUAAUUUUUAUCAUUGAAAAUUUCGGAUGCAGUCGAGAUAAUCUUUUUUUUUUUGGAGAGGGUAUACUUCUUACCUUCAAAUAAGCAUUCGUGCCUUGACAUUAAGUGUAAAUAUAUUAAAGUACUCUCAAAAUAUGUUUAUUUUUGUUCUGUGUUAGGGAAGGGGACAGUGCAUAAUAAGAAAAGGAGCAAUCUUCUUCUUGCAACUUACAGGCCCUUAUACACAUGCAGGGGACUGGAAGGCAAAAUUUCCCACCUUAAUCACUCUGUUUACGAACAUGACAAUUUCGACAUUGCUGAUUGUAACAGUGUGCGCUUGCAAAACACGAACCUAGUAUGUGCUUGGCUUAUCCCGAAGUCUCUGCUGUAGCUCAGUUUUGUAGCAUUGGAGCAGAAUUUAUAAACGUCUGGGUUCUACGGAGGGUGGGGGCUCAGAUUUUUAUUUGUCCCAUGAUCUUACAAACAAAAAAGCACCGCUCAAGUUCAUGAUAUUGAAGCUAAAUCGAGAAGUCCUGGGUCAGGUUCCUUCUAUCUGUCAUCUUGUAAAUUUCGGGCUCUGACAAACAGUGAAACCACGGUAAACUGACUCCUCCCUAAUGAUUCCUUACCGAUCCCCUCACUGACCCUCUCUUAGAUUCACUGGCGCUGAUAAUGAUAGAAAACUUAACCAUGAUUCUUUGAUUUUAUUAGAAGUUUUACCAAGUAAUAAAUUGGUUGACCCUUGUUGAAGUUGAAUGUGACCUGGGCACUAUUAAUUUACCGAUAAACAUUCGGUUUCUUGUAUUUCUACGUCAUAAGGUUUUCCAUAGGUGUCACAGGAAAAAAUAUUCUCUUUGUUCGUGGGAACGGACGACAAAGUUGAUACUGUUGCAUUUACCACUCAUUUUGUUAAAAUAGGUACAACAGAGAAUGAAUUGUAUUUUGUAAGAUUAAAACUUUUGAGGUCUGUCAAGGCUAAUAUUGGGCCAUAAAAACGUGUUAUCUUGCACCAAACACCUAGUAUUUGAUAUGAUAUAAAAAAAUGCCCCAUUUCAACAGAUCAACUCUUCCCUAUUAAUAAUAAUUUUAAAAUAUCAGAAAUACAGUUUCUUUUGACCCCCAAAAGAUUUGGGUAUGCCCUGUUUCAACAGUACUAGGGAGGUACUGAGGUGUCAAGAGAAAUAAAAAAUAAUGUUUAUGUAAAAAUUUAGGGGAGCAAAAAGAAUGUUACUGGAAUGAAGGAAAAUUAGUGAAUUGGUGAAUUGUUUAGAUUUUGAGUGGCAGCUUGUGGUGUGAAAGGUUCAUUUGUACAUAAGUGUAUAUGGUUACCUUUUAUUCAUGAAAAUGACAUUUUUUGUUAUUGCAUAUUUUGUCCUAAGUCUUCUAUAGGUAGAAACUAUUGCCUGGAAAACAUGAAGCAAGGUGAAGUGAGGAAGGUAUUUACAUGCAUCAAGCUAUCAUCAAUUUGCAUCAGAAUGCCUAUGAUGGGAUGGCCAGUUCAGAAGGUCUGCGGUUUGAUUCCUCUUGGGGCUCAGAAUUUUUCCCUUGUCCCACACUCACAAAGGAAACAUCUCUCUCUAAGACCUGUCUUGUUUGAUUGGUAUGAGAGAGGAAAACCCUCUGUUUUUUGUCAAAAUUUUCAACAUGAAUGGAGUGGCCUCUUUACAGUGAAACUGAGAAAACUGUGAACUCUAGAAAUAUUUAUGGAAUGUCAUGUGUUCCCAAGGAGAAUGCCAAUUAGGCAUAAGAUAACUGAACUGCAAACAGCAAUUGUAAUAAAGCUGUGGUUUUGUGGCUAACUGCUUAUUCUAACUUGUAAUGAACUUUGACAGUACACAACUGACCUGUCAGAAUCAAUUCAAAGUGUUCAUGGUUUUCCAAGUCUUACAGUAUUUACAUGUGGUUUGAACCUUUAGCAAUGGUAGACAUUUGGAUUAAUUUUUGGCUCUCUCAGCAUGAAGACUUGACUCAAUGGAUUUUAAUCGCAUUUUCUCAUUGCUUUACGGGCAACCUCUUUGGCUCUUCUGAAAUAUUUUGGUAAUAUUUCUGCCAUUAAGGGAGAUGCACAAUAUUGAGAAAAUUUCAGUCUUCCUUACUGGCCAACUAAUCUGAAUUAGAGCAACUUUGAAGAUUAGCUCUUUUACUAGCCCAGGUUUACUUAUUUAUUACUAGAUUUUUCCUAAUAAUCCACACAAAAUUUGUUCCUUGAACAAUUAUGGCCAGGCAUUGUAACUGAAUGAAUUAUUCUUCAUAAUUCACCAGGUAGCUUGAAAUAUCUAUGGUUUUCAAACAUGUACUUUAGCCUUCAUCAACAUUAAGGAAUCAAGAUAGAUUUCUUUAGAGAUAGGUAAAAUUUUAACAGUAUAUAGUGUUUUCCAUUCAUUUCCUACGGUAAUGACCAAGAGAACUUGUUAAACUGCCAAGUUGAAGAUCAUUUCCUCUUUUUUUAAGAACUUCAUGUUUGAUUACUGGGUGAUAAUGUGAGGAAAGAAUAAAAUUUUAAUUACUCAUAAGAGGUUAUCAAGUUAACCAUAAUUUUUACUAAAACAAGGAGCUCAACUUUUCCCAAGUUCACUACCCCAUUUGAAGUCUGCCAAUGAACACAUAUUUGUGAAGAACUGCAUGCACUCAAAGAUCUUCAGCAUGGUAGGAAAUUAUCUUGAUUCAGUAGAUGAAGUUAAUUCAAACCUGAUAUUUGUUCUGACAAAGGGCUAACACUUGAAACAUCAGCUUUAGGAACUCUUAACAGCGGCUAUUUUACAUGAUCAACUCAGUUGAUAGAACAAAAUCAUUUUGUAAUUAACCCCCACUGAUGCAGCAACACAGUUUUUUUUUAAUUUACCUCCUUUAUUCAUUUAUUUAAAAAGGCUAACUUGUUCUCCUAGUCCAUUUAAUGAUCCCAUAUUGUCUCAACAUGGUUCCUUAAUUUAAUCAACCUCAGAAUCAAAAAAGUUCAUUCCUGUCUUAGACUGAAGAAACUGUGAUACUUUUGCAUAAAACAUUUAAAGACCCUCAACCUGAUCUUUUACUCAUCAAUAUUUCAAUACAGAAAAUAUCCUACAUUUGACACAAAGAAAAGAGCUAAUACCCCUUGCGAACUGAAUUCCCAGUUUUCUGGGAAUUCCUAGGAAUUCUCAAAAAAUUCAACUAUGCAAAUACUAUUAAGCGCUGAUUUGAAAAGCUUGGAAUUACUGGGAAUUUCUGGGAAGGAAGACGCCAGUUUAAUGAGGACUUGGAACUCUUUGGAAUUCCUAGGAAUUCUCAGCUAUACAUUAUAUUAACUACCCACAAUUUAAGAUGGGUGGAAUUCUUGGGAAUUUCUGGGAAUUUAAAAUUUGAGGCAGUUUAAAUGCCCUGAAGUUCAAGUAAAUUCCAAGAAAAUCUCAAUACCUUGAAUGUGAAGGUUUUAAGACAACGAGUAAUUUUAGAGGCUUAAAACUUUGGCUCGGCAAAUUAGGUAUGCUAUACAAAAUUUACCAAGAGAUAUAGAUACAUGUAUAUGUUUAUAACUUAAAGAUCACAAAAUUUAUUAUUCAAACUAAGUUUUAGUAAAUCUUUACAUUAAUAUGGAUUUUCUCAAGAAGCAGCAGUAACUUAUGUUAAAUGCAAAUUGCCAAAGUGCAAAACCUUGGAACAGUUGAGCUCAUGCAGUUGCCUCAAACACUGUCAGAGACCUUUUGUUUGGAUUAGUUUUAGUAGAAACUUCAUGCCUCAGACAAACAAAUUUGACACCUAUUUAAUCUUUCUUUUUUCGCAGUUUUUGUUGCUGGUUUUUUUUUUCUUACAAAACAUUUUUUGUAAGACUUCCAAUACUCAAGGAUUAUCUGCACACUCCACAAAUAUUUAGCAUGCAGACAAGACAGGGGUGGUCACUGUUCCCUUCAAGAAAUAACACCUUUUCAUUGAUUUCUUCAAUUUGUUUACUUGAAACUCUGAUCUGAAAAUAUUUUAAAAUAAGACUUGUUACUAGUGAGGAGUACAAUUAUUACUUCUUUUUAUUUUUGGUGCAAAAUACAAGUCCUUCUUUAUAUACAAAUGAAAAUUGCAUGUCACACUUCAACAAUAACAGCUCUAAGGUUACCUAUUGUUCUUCUCUGAGUCAGCUAUCAACAAAAUUGUUUUAUAUUUUUUAGGUAUGGCAUAAAAUUUAAUUUGUAAUUUAAAAUGAAAACCUUAGUUUGAAAAAGUCAGUUCUGAUGGCGAAUUCAACUGCUUUCAUUACAAUUUCUAAUGCUCAAAUUUAUUUGUACCAUUCUUGUUUCAUCCUUAAUGUGUGAUGACCAGCGUCACUAAAGAAGAAUAGAUUCUGGAGAUCUGGCUGUACUUCUCUAAAGACUGCCAAUGUGAUCCCAGACUGCCUAUCCCACACAAAACACUCGACCUUGUCACAUGUACAAGACAAUAUAACCAUUUCACUCUACCAUUCUGGUGUACUCCUAAGAGUAAAACACUUGUCCAUUCUUGACAAUUUGUUGCAUUUAAACUUUGUUGGCUCCAUUAACUUCCAUAUAACCCUACCAGUUUCUUAGCCCCUCUAGCAAUAAAGCAAUUCUCUGCCUUCUUUAGAUUUUUAAUUAACUCUAAAACACGAAUGGAAAAAAGGAGAUUAAUAUCUUUAAUAACAGUGUGUUUUUCAAGCAAAAAAGAAGUUGUCAGUACUGUAAAGAAGCUACUGAUGAUGAUGAUAACAAUUGCUAUCAAUAUUACUUAAACUAUCGUAAAAUAUCAGACAAGUACACUUAAGAGCAAAAUAUCACAUACUCUCUUUUGGUGUUCAGCAUUCUUUUGAUAAAGUCCUUAACACAACCAUUUUCCAACAUAUCCACUUCGCAUCUUAAGCGACCCUGAGCAUGAAACAUCCAUAUAACCGAGUAACAAAUUCAAAAUUGCACAUUAAUAAUUCAUUUCUCCAAAUGGAGUGGGAGAAGUAAGUUUUAAAUUUACUUGAUUUAAAUUUAUGAUGGUGGAACCCUAAUAUCACAGUCAGCAAGGGCUCAUGAAAAUUCAGCUGUACUAACAGGGUAGGGGAAACAUCUUGACUGGUCCCGACAAAUACUUUUACAUUUCUAAACAACUGUAAAUUAUUUAACAAAUAUCUGGAAAGCAACAACUUUAAUAUAUGCAUGCCAUGUGUCAAGUCCAUAAUGGCUCCAUUCAUGUCUUCACACCCAAAGGUGGACCAUGCCCACAGUGGACAUAGUCAGCUAGAUGGGCACCAGUAUUGUGAACACUGAGACCACAACUGCCAUUCCCUUUAAAUGUGGGAGAAACACACCAUUUAGGGCUAUGCCCUUUUUUUGACCAGUCAAUGGGUGAAUUUACCCCAAGAAGAUACUUUACAAUAGCUUAACUUUUUCUAUUAACACAUAUGGACAGAGGCAUAACACUGUCAACCCAUCAAGAUAAACAUAAUCUUAAAAAUUCUCUUGAGCCACAAACCAAUUUCUCUUUGUUGGGUAGCAAUGCUACAAAAGUAAUUGAUUUUUUGUUAUUUCUUUUAAAAACAUUUUAUGUGUAAACCUUAAUUAAGCUUGUAAAUAAAUUUCAUUGAAUCCUAGAAUUUUAGCAGGGAGUUUGAAUUUUUAGUAUUUAUUUUAUAUUAGUAGCCUCAAAAUUUGACUUAAAAUUCCCAGUAAUUCUUAAACAUUCCUAGAAAUUCCUGAAAAUUCCUAGGAAUUCCUACGAAUUUUUUACAUUUACAGCUUUUCAGGGAAAGUCAUUGGUGCUUUGAUAGCCAAGUCCUGUUGGCUAUUAACUUGGAAUUUUUGGGAUUUUUUGGGAAUUUCUGGGAAUUUCUAGGUUUUUAGAACCAGAGUUGUUAUAGUUGGGACUUCUUAGGAAUUCCUAGGAAUUCUCAGUCCGAAUUUACAGUGAACAUUCACAACUCUUAUUCCUUGGAAUUGAAUUCCUAUGAAAAAAUUCCUUGGCAAAAAUUCCUAGGAAUUCCAAAAUCCAUUCCGCGAGGGAUAUUGGCCAAGAUAUCGAACCCAUGUUUUUUGUGAGAUAACAAUCAGUCUUAGAUUUCUUGCAAUUUCUUCCUUUCUACUAACAACUCUCUCUUUCUAAUUUAAAAACCCUUCAACUUCUUUAUAAUCUCUUUCACCUUCAUUUCAAGCCUUGAAAUGAAACAAAUGAAACAACGUUGAAGCUUAGUUCAAUGGCGCUCUAAAAAUUCUUUUGACCAGUUUUUAAACAAGUCAAGGAACCAAGAUUUCAAACCAUUAAGGGGAUCUUCAACACAACCAUUAAUAUUUGUAUCCUCUACGAGCAAGUUUUCCUCUUUAGAGAUAUGUAACUUAUAUAUUUCUAAAGAGAA